GCCGCAACCAACAGCGGAAGGCAUUCUUCCCCUCUCCCCUGAAUCAUCAAAAAGAAAAGAAACGAGACCUUCCUCUCGAGACGAACCCUAGAUCCGUUCUGACCUUCCGUCUGCUUCCUGUUCCGUACGACAUGGCUGCUCGUCGGCGUCUUCAUCCGCCACUCGGUGCGGAGCUCUCCCGCUCUCACCCUCGCUGGGUGAUGCUAGAUCGCUUCGUCCACUACAAGGCGUACGCGGGUGAGGCUGUUGCGGAGGAGGUAAUGGACGGCACGCAAUCGGCGAUCUCCUCUACCUGCACCAACAUAAGCAUCGCCGUCUCUCUCAGGGUUGCUGAACCGCCCGCUGUGUCCCGUCUCUACCUCCACUGGCCCGAGCGAUUCAUGACGGCGUCGUUGAGCCAGGUGAGUCAGCCGUUCAUCAUCGCGGCUCACGGCCGCUCCAUACUUUUCCAGGCGCAGGCCCCCUUCGUUGGAGAUAGCUGUCCGGCAUUCUACUAUUACCCCAUGGACUAUUUCCUCUACACAGCCUCUGACUCAGAGAAGUCUCCUUGUCUCAUGCGACUCCCGCCUUGCUUCGAUGGUGGGGACAAGAACCCGGACGUGGAUUUGUACUUCCACCCGUACCGUCUCCAGCAGCUGCGAUCUAUGUGGCGUGAUGACAUUGGCCUCCUUUGCCGUGGCAAGGGGGAGUUCGUGGUGGCGCAGCUCACAUUUGGCGGCCAGCUCUGCGUGCUACACCAUAAACCUGGGGAGGAGCAGGGCGACAUGAAUUGGAGCGUCGAAAAUAUGCCCUUACCUGACGGCGAUGACAUCCCAAACCUGCUGCGUGGUUCGUGGCAAACGGACGCCGUCGUCCCCUAUGGUGAUUGUUACCUGUGCUGGGCGGAUUGCUACCUGGGCUUGCUUUUUGUCGGUGUCAUUGACAAGCGGACGAAGCCCCCGUGCUACGUCCCCUUACCUGAUGGUCUGGAUUCCAAUCGUCUGUGCAUUGACCCAGGGUAUCCUGACCCGGCCCGUCGUGUCUGUGUCUCUGAGUCCAGCAUGAUUAACCUCAUAUGUGUUGGUGAUCAUGCUGGCUGCAGUGUGUGUGCCAGUUCUUAUUCUGCUUUCACUAUCACAGUAUGGACUUUGACCAACUUAAGGGAAAAGAAAUGGAUGAAAUGUUUCACCAUGGAAGACAGCAAGUUCUCGGCUGCUCUUGAUUUUGACAAGCGUCUUCCGCAUGUGCUACCAGAGUUCCCUACCAUCAGCUUGGUUAAGCCUGAUGUUGUUUACUUCCGGUUGAAUGGUGGUAAUAAACUUUUCUGGCUGAUUGAGAUUGACAUGAAGAAGGAAGUGCUGGGGUCAACCAGUCUCUACAUCUUUGAAGAAGAAGAAGAAGAGAAAUGCUCCAUUGACAUGGCCCACUGGAGAUCAUUUCCUGGUUACUCCUUUGUUCCCAGCCCGUUCACCCGAUACUUGGACCAGCAUGCCAUCAGAAGUCUGGAACUCAGCGAGAAGUUACAGAAUAUAAGACUUGAGCAAGCUAAAGAAAAGAUAUUUGUUGAAGAGUGAAGAGCUUAUGCUAGGAAUUGUUCGGCAGAUAGAAGAAACCAGGAAUACUUUUUAGUAUUGGUCUGUCUUGUCUUAAUUUUUUAUUCUGGGUGCAUUGGAAAAGCUUACCUUUCGGGUGUACUUUGGACCAAUUGAUGUAUUUUGUAUAACAGGAUUUCCUCUUCAUAACUAGUAACCAGGUUUACAUCCUUAAUCAA